AUGGAUUCUAUGAGCGACAUGGAAACGAGCUGCAAGAUUUCGAUGCUUUGGAAUUGGCAUACGAUUGAUGCAUGCUUCAUUUCAAAUUCCUGGCACAUCCGAUCGACUGGCAAUUUCGCUGGCGCUUGCAUCGGCGCAAUCCUUCUCGUCGUUUGUCUCGAGUUCCUGCGUCGCCUCGGCCGAGAGUACGAUGCCUUCGUCGUACGCCGGGCCCGUCUGCGCGAAAUGUACUUGUCCGGUUCUGUCUCUGGCCUCACCAGCCAGACUACCCAAAACAGCCAUACAGUGAAGAUCACAGGCGACAACGGCGAUGCGUCUGACGGUGUCAUCACAUCAAUCCCAGAUAGUAACUCGAACGGAAAAGACUUGGGUCUCAACAGUGCCACAGUCGUUGCAGCUGCUAGCAGUAGCCAGUGCGAAAAUGGAAAGGCUACUACUACCUUGGGACCAUACCGUCCUUCUCUCGUUGAGCAACUGAUUCGCGCGUUGCUUCACACAAUGCAGUUUGCCGUCGCGUACAUUGUUAUGCUGUUAGCUAUGUACUUCAACGGGUACAUUAUCAUCUGCAUCUUCAUCGGCGCAUUCCUCGGCUCCUUCAUCUUUUCUUGGGAGCCGGUUACUUCUAACCAUGGGAACGAUGCUACUGCUGUGACCAAGUGCUGUGGCUAG